AUGGGCUGCUGCAACAGAAGGUGCGGGCUGAUAGCUGGAGCUGUGUUUGGGGCGGUGGUAGCCAUCCUGGGAGGUGUCCUCAUUCCACUGGGGAACAGCGUCAUUGAGGGGACAGUGAAGAAGGAAGCCGUCAUUGCGCCUGGAACGACAGCGUAUGACAACUGGGUGGCUACAGGGGCAAAUGUGUACCGGCAGUUCUGGUUCUUUCACGUGCAAAAUCCUCAGGAGGUUUUGCAGAAUGGCGCAACCCCAGUGGUGGUGGAAAAAGGACCUUACACAUACAGGACAAGAUAUCUUCCCAAAGAGAACGUGACGUUCAACCUAAAUCAAACUGUCUCCUUCCUGCUGCCUCUGGGUGCCAUCUUCGAGCCAUCCAUGUCAGUGGGACCAGAGGAAGACAAAGUCACCUCCCUCAACGUGGCUGUGGCUGCGGCUUACUCACUGGUUCCAAAACAACUUCAUCUUGUGCUUGAGACUCUGAUAAAGGCAAGCAAAUCCUCCUUGUUUCAGCACCGUACAGUGAAGGAAAUGUUGUGGGGUUACACAGACCCCAUGUUGAAAGGAACUGUGGGCUUAUUUGUACCUUACAAUGGCACCUAUGAUGGCUACUACACUGUCUUCACUGGAAAGGAGGACAUCUCAAAAGUGGGACUUAUUGACAGGUGGCAGGGAGAGAGGAGUUUACGUUUCUGGAAUGACAAGUACUGUGACAUGAUCAACGGGACAGAUGCCUCCUCCUUCGCUCCCUUUGUGGACAAGAAAAAGCCUCUAUAUUUCUUCUCAUCAGACAUCUGCAGGUCUGUCUCGGCCAGCUUUGAGGAAAGCAUGGAUCUGAAAGGGAUUGAGGUCUACCGCUACGCCCUCCAGCCAUCUACCCUGGCCUCCCCUAUAGUCAACCCAGACAACAGAUGUUUCUGCAGAAACCCAACCACCACCAAGAACUGCACCAUGGCCGGAGUACUGGACAUCAGCUCCUGUAAAGAGGGAAAACCUAUCUACAUCUCUCUGCCCCACUUCCUUCAUGGCAGUCCAUCUCUGCGAGAGUCUGUACUGGGUCUCAACCCCAGUGAAGAGCAUCAUCACACCUUCCUAGACGUGGAACCUACAACUGGGUUCACCCUGAGGUUUGCUAAGAGAAUUCAAGUGAAUAUGAUGUAUGGACCAUCAGAUGUCAUCACGGUUCUUAAGAAAGUCAAGGAUUAUACCAUAUUCCCUCUUGUUUGGAUGAAUGAGACUGCUGCGUUGGAUGACGAAACAGCAGACAUGUUCAAGGAGGAGCUAAUCUCCCGUGUCCAGAUGUUGGAGAUGAUACAGCAGGUGCUGCUGGGCACAGGUGUGGCCAUUUUCAUCCUAUGCCUUAUCUCUUACUGUGUGGUGAGGCGGAGAGAUAAUGACAUCAAGAUUGUGUGAAUGAAUCAGUGUCUGUUGUGUGUAAGUUGUGGGCACAGUGCAUUUAAGCUGCUUUGGGACAUCAAACCUUUUUGAUAUAGACUUGCACUUUUUUGUAAUUUUAGUGUUAUUUAUAAUGUCAUACUUCCUUUGAUACAAGGGGGGGGAAAACUGUGAUUUUGUAAAGCUCGAGAGCUGAAUUAUUUUGCCAAGUAUUAUUUUAAGUGCUAACACUGUAACAUUAACUCAAUCAGGUAUUUCUAGAGGCAGAGCAGGUGGAGACUCCUUUAACUGUCAGGUUACUCAUCCACACAGAGGAGAAAUGAGUUUGUU